AUGGCCUGCACUUGUCCUUUGAUAACAGUGUACUCUGAAAAGGGAGAAGUAUCGGGCAAAAAUGUUACCUUGCCUACUGUAUUCAGGGCACCCAUUCGUCCUGAUAUAGUCCACUUUGUACACACCAACCUGCGCAAGAAUAACAGGCAGCCUUAUGCUGUGAGCAAGCUUACUGGUCAUCAGACUAGUGCUGACGCAUGGGGAACUGGUCGGGUUGUGGCUCGUAAUCCUUGUGUCCGCGGAGGCGGAACUCACCAUUCUGGCCAGGGUGCCAUCGGAAAUAUGUGUCGUGGAGGACGUAUGUUUGCAACCACCCAAGACCUGGAGAAGAUGGCAUCGCAGAGUUAAUAUUACUCUGAAGCGUCAUGCCAUUUGCUCUGCUCUUCCAGCUUCAGCCCUCCCUGCCUUUGUUCUGUCUAAUGGACACCGCAUUGAGGAGAUCCCAGAGGUACCCCUAGUUGUUGAAUACAAAGUUGAAAACUACAAAAAGACAAAGGAGGCAGUGCUCCUUCUAAAAAAAAUAAAGGCCUGGAAUGACAUCAAGAAGGUGUAUGCAUCCCAGUGA